AUGGCUGUUCCAGAGAAAAAGAUCGUCUUAAUCACGGGGGCCAGUAGUGGCCUCGGCUGGGAAACAGUCAAAACUAUAAUCCAGACCAUCCAGCCCUACCACAUUUACGUUGGCUGCCUGAUCCUCGCUGAAGGGGAAAAUGCGGUCGUAUCCCUGCAACGCGAGGUGCCCGAGACUCCAAGCACUCUAGAGCCGAUCCGGGUUGACCUCACAAGCGAUGAGUCGAUUGACCAAUGUUUCCAAGCUGUGGAGUCCAAAAGUGGGCGGGUGGAUGUGUUGAUUAACAAUGCAGGCAUUUCUCUCCAGGCAAGUGACGUCGGCAUGCGCGAGGCAUGGAACCGAUGUUACGACGUCAAUGUCACCGGAACCCAGAUUAUGACUCACACGUUCGUUCCGCUGCUCCUUCGCUCCCAGGAUCCGCGUUUAAUAUUCAUCACGAGCGGGCUGUCAAGUCUGGGACCGAUGGGUGACGUUUACACGCCGACCCGUAUGCCUGUUCCCGCCGGCUGGCCAAAGCCCGAGGUACAUCCAUACCGGGCUUACCGAGCAAGCAAGACCGCAAUGAAUAUGGUCAUGCUGGAGUGGCACUGGCAGCUGCAGGCGGAUGGGGUCAAGACUUGGGGCGUAUCGCCGGGCUUUUUGGACACCGAUUUGGCAGCCAGUUUUGCAGGAAUGGCCGGGGCGCCUCCUCUGCUACCUCCAUCCGUGGGAGCAAAGCUGGUGGCCUUGGUGGUGGAAGGAAGUCGUGAUGCAGAUGUGGGCAGGAUUGUGCUGAAGGAUUGCGGCGUGCAAGCGUUUUGA